AACAGCAGUUCUGUCUCACAAAGAGAACAAGGCAUUAUACAGCUAGUACUAUAUUAUCCGGUUAUACACCUGGACACGGAUACUAGAAGAGUAACCCUAAGGCAUUAUUCAGCUAGUACAGUAGGACACAUUAUACUAAAGAGAGGAAUACGCUGCUGAUUCUACAGAAGAACUGACAAGACAGGACAAAGGAGCCUGUUGAUUGUAGACAGCUAUGCAGCUUGUUUCAGUGAUGUAACUACCAGAUCACUAUCAUCCAACCCUCUCAGUCUACUGACUAAAGAGGAGAGAAGAGGAGAGCAAGAUAGGAGAGGAGAAAGACUAGAAGGAAGGUUAAAGAGGACUUCCCGUGCAGCUGGUUGGAGGUGUGUUUGUCAUGGCAGGGGCUCAGCCAGGGACACAUGCUCUGAAGCUCAAAUCACCGACCGUCCCCGAUACUCUGAAGAAUGGCAGCCGCUUCAUGAAAUGGGACGAUGAUCUCUCGACAGUGACUCCCAUUACCCUGACUGUGGAUCCACACGGAUACUUCCUUCACUGGACCGAUCAGAACAAGGAGACAGAGUUUUUAGACAUCACCCAUAUAAAGGAUGCCAGAACAGGGAAGAGCACCAAAACACCAAAGGAGGCGAAGCUGCGUGAGCUGCUUGAUGUGGGGAACCUGGUUGGUCGUAUAGAGAACCGUCUGUUGACCGUAGUCACAGGACCGGACAUGGUCAACAUCACGUACCUCAACUUCAUGGCCCUGCAAGAGGAGGAGGCCACGGAGUGGGCUGAGGAGCUGUUCUCUCUGGCCUCCAACCUGCUGAGUCACAACAUGAACAGAGAAACCAGUCUGGAGAAAGCGUACGUCAGACUGACCUUGCAGCCAAACUCAGAGGGGCGGAUCCCAGUGAAGAACAUCGUCCGCAUGUUCUCAGCAGACAAAAAGAGAGUGGAGACGGCCUUGGAACACUGCAACCUACCCUUUGGACGGAGCAACUCUAUUCCCCUUGAGGACUUCACCCCUGACAUUUACAGAUCAUUCCUCUCCCACCUCUGUCCUCGGCCAGAACUCAGCUCAAUCUUCUCUCAGCAGGGUGCUAAGGGUGCUUACCUGUCUGUGGAUCAGAUGACAGAGUUUAUUAAUGAGAGGCAGAGAGAUCCUCGUCUGAAUGAGAUUCUGUAUCCUCCUCUCAGACCCUCUCAGACACAGACCCUGAUGGAGAAAUAUGAACUCAACCAGAGCCUGCUCAAACAAGGCCUGAUCACGUUGGAGGGGCUCAGCAGAUACCUGGUGUCUGAUGAGAAUGGAGUGAUUCCUCCUGAGAAACUGGACCAGUCUGAAGACAUGACCUUCCCUCUGUCUCACUACUUCAUCAACUCCUCACACAACACCUACCUCACAGCUGGGCAGCUGGCAGGAAGUUCAUCAGUGGAGAUGUACCGUCAGGUGAUGUUGGCAGGCUGUCGCUGUGUGGAGUUGGACUGUUGGAAAGGACGGACCGCAGAGGAGGAACCAGUCAUCACACACGGCUUCACCAUGACCUCAGAGAUCUGCUUUAAGGAGGUGAUUGAAGCCAUCGCUGAGUGUGCUUUUAAAACCUCUCCUUUUCCUGUCAUCCUGUCCUUUGAAAACCAUGUGGACUCGCCAAAGCAACAAGCCAAGAUGGCAGAAUAUUGUAGGUCGAUUUUUGGAGAUGCACUACUGAUAGACCCACUGGAGAAAUAUCCUCUGGAGUCUGGGGUACCCCUGCCAAGUCCUCAGGAGCUGAUGGGUAAGAUCCUCAUCAAGAACAAGAAAUCCCACAAGCCCUCGGCUGCCCAUGGCAACAACCGACUAGCAGGGCAGCCAGCCAACCAGAGCGCAGCAGAAGAACAGGCGACAGAUGAACCCUCGUCUCCUAGCAACAUCACAGUUGGAGAAAUAGAGGCUGAAGACGAUGACGAUGACGAUGAUGAUGACGAUGACUGUAAGAAGACGUCAGAUGAAGGGACAGCAGAGGAACGGGAGGCCGUAGCCACAGAGGAGAUGUCCACUCUGGUCAACUACGUCCAGCCCACCAAGUUCAACUCUUUCGAGGCUUCCAAAAAGGUUAAUCGUAGCUAUCAAAUGUCAUCAUUUGUGGAGACUAAAGCUCUGGAGCACCUCACCAAGUCGCCCGUGGAGUUUGUGGAAUAUAACAAGCAGCAGUUGAGUCGUAUCUACCCUAAAGGCACGAGGGUGGACUCCUCCAACUACAUGCCACAACUCUUCUGGAAUGCUGGCUGCCAGCUGGUGGCACUCAACUUCCAAACUAUAGACCUGUCUAUGCAGUUGAACCUGGGCAUGUAUGAGUACAAUGGGAAGAGCGGCUACAGACUGAAACCAGAGUUCAUGAGAAGACCAGACAAACACUUUGACCCGUUCGCUGAGAGCACCGUGGACGGCAUAGUGGCCAACACUGUCAAGGUCAAGAUAAUCUCAGGCCAGUUUCUGAGCGACAAGAAGGUAGGUGUGUACGUAGAGCUGGACAUGUUUGGUCUUCCUGUGGACACCAGGAGAAAAGCCCUGAAGACCAAGACGUCCCAGAGCAACGCUAUCAAUCCAGUCUGGGACGAAGAGCCAAUUAUCUUCAAGAAGGUGGUUCUCCCCACGUUGGCCUCUCUGAGAAUUGCUGCGUUUGAAGAAGGAGGAAAGUUCAUAGGUCACCGUAUUAUCCCUGUGCCAGCCAUACGGCCAGGUUAUCGCUACAUUGGCCUGAGGAAUGAGAAGAACCAGUCUCUGAUUCUGCCUGCUGUGUUUGUCUACAUUGAAGUGAAAGACUAUGUCCCAGACACCUUUGCAGAUGUAAUCGAGGCGCUGUCUAACCCCAUCCGAUAUGUGAAUCUCUUGGAGCAGCGGUCCCAGCAGCUGGCUGCUCUCACUCUGGAAGAAGGGGAGGAGGAGACAAGCAAAGAGGUUGAGGCUAAUGCUGAUCAGCCCGGGCUUGCUGAGCCAAAAGCCAACCUACGAUCUGCUCCUUUGGAGAACGGUCUCAGGCCCAGCCCUACCAUCACACCCAGGACUCCGACUAAUACACCCCAGCCUGCAGCUACAGUUGUUUCAGAACCAACCAAACCAGCAGCGAAGACUGAAGACAUGGUGCAGAGCGUUCUGAUAGAUAUGGAGGCGGCCACACUAGAGGAGCUCAGGCAACAGAAGCUGAUAGUGCGGGAGCAGAAGAGACACUACAGGGAGAUGAAGGAUGUGGUGAAGAGACACCAGAAGAAGACUUUGGAGAUGGUGAAGGAACAGACCACCAAGUACAACCAGGCUCAGAACCAACACACACGCAGACACAACGCUCUACUGAAGACUAAACAACAUGGUAAGACAAGAAGUUUGUCACCCGGAGGGAAGGCUGAACUGAAGCAGUUUGAUGAGGAGGGAGAGGGGCAACUGGGGGAGCUGAGAGAACAACAACAGCAACAGCUACUGGAGCUGAGACAGGAACAAUACUACAGUGAGAAAUACCUCAAACGAGAACACAUCAAACAGCUGAGUGAGAAACUGACUACGGUGACUGAGGAAAGCCAGAACAACCAGAUGAAGAAAUUAAAAGACAUCUGUGACAAAGAACAGAAAGACCUGAAAAAGAAAAUGGACAAGAGGAGAACAAAGAAAAUUAAAGAAGCUAUGACAAAAGAGAAGCACUUGGCGGAAGAGGAGAAGUUGGAGAUCAACAAAUCAUAUGUGAAUGAAGUGGUACAGAACAUCAAGAGGCUGGAGGAUGCCCAGGCAAAACGCCAAGAGAGACUGGUGGAGCAGCACAAAGACAUCCAGCAGCAGAUUCUUGAUGAGAAACCAAAGCUGCAGGGUGCAGUGGAGGCGGAGUACCAGGAGAAGUUCCAUCUGUUGCCGGGGGAGAUCCAGGACUUCCUGCAGAAUAGGAAAGGAGGGGUCAAAGGUCUAGUCGGGCCCCGCCCCUCCACCCCCCAUGACAUGCUCUCUGAGGAGGAACUAGAGGAUGACCGGAGGGAGUGAGAAAGAGAGAAGGCGAGAGGAGAUAGAAAGAGAGCUUUUCUUCUUAAUGAAUGCUGGUUUAGUACUGCACUCUACAGGUAGUCCUGGAGAAUUUGUAUUGUUAUCUUAUCUGUAGCAUAUUGUAAACUUUUUGAGAGAUGAGAUUUGAUAUAUACUCCUACUGCUACAUUGUACUCUUGCCUGCCUUUAAUGGUGCUUUCAAGACAACUGGGAACUCGAGAAAAAAAACGAUCCUGACGUCAGUGAUUUUCCGGUCGGAGAGUCAGAGCUCUAGAAAGAUGCUUGAGUUUCCGAGUUGGAAUUCCGAGUUGGAUGACCGUUCAAAACUAUUUUUCCCAGUCGGAGCUCGUUUUUUUGCGAGUUCCCAUUUGUCUUGAACGCAUUGAAGUCGGAUAUUUCCGAGUUCUGAGUUGUUUUGAAAGCGCCAUUAUUGCCGCGUUCACAUGCUAGUCUCAACUCUGACAUUUCAGAUUUGCUGAUUCGUUGAACGCGGCAUGUGUAUAACUACAACCAGUUAGCAAGUCAGCCAUUUCAGAGUUUCCUUGUUCCGACUAGCACGUGAACGCGGCAUAUACCCCAUGCAAGCGAUGCAUUCCUACGUUAUACUUCCGUGUUCAUGUCCUUGUAUUUUUUAUGGACAUGGCGAUUAUAUCAUCAAAUUUAUGAAAACGCUGUUAUAUAAAAUAUCAAAUUAUAUUUGUGAAUGAAUUUACUUCUGCCAAAUGCCUUUCAUUUCGUUUUUGUGCUGAAGACCAUUCAUUACGUUUUUGCCCAUUGAAAACCAUUCAAAAAGCCAACAAAAUUAAAAUCCUACAAGGCUACUUGCCACGUCACUUGGUCUAGUUGCAGGGUUUCCAAAACUCGGUUUCCCCAAGGGGUGCAAACUUUGGUUUUUGCCCUAGCACUACACAGCUGAUUCAAAUAAUCAGCUAAUCAAGCUUUGAUAAUUUUAAACAGCUGUGUAGUGUUAGGGCAAAACCCAAAACGUGCCCGCUUGGGGUCCCGAGGACCGGGUUUGGGAAAUGCUGGUCUAGUGGCUGAACAGUGUGUUGCAUGAGGCCAAGCAAAGAACAUGUUAUUAUUCUACUGACCACAUCUUGACCUCAGACACGGUCCUGUUGUUCUGACCACAUGUGGUUCUUAUCUAGUCAUAGGGUUGGGGUAGUCAGUCUACUGCAGUUAUACUGCACUCUGACCACAAUCUUUUUUUGUAAGGGUGGGCUAAGCUUUAGCCCUGGGCUGAGGAUUCACACUUGUAUUCCAAAGCCCUGGGCUUACAGAAAAAUACACAUGCAACCAACAUUCUAUCUCUGCCACGCAAUCAAUGUUAAGCAAUAAGGCAUUUUAUUUAUUAACAAAUUAUUUCCUCUUGCUUCUAGUCUAGGAUUUUAUUUCCAACAGUGAUGGUUUGUAUACAACUUGUUGUCUGCCUGUCAGACCUGGGAAACAAUGUUUCACUUGUGACAUGCUAUAUCGCCCCUGUACAGUGAAUGCUGUGCACGGACGAGACAUCAACUUUUCUGAUCCAAGCAACAAUAUGAUUAUCAAGGAUAGCUAUAUCCAAUUCAAUGUUAAUAGAAAAUCUAUGAAAACAGAUGAAAAUGGAAUGUAAGCUGCCCUUCCUGCUGUAGAGUUAUUGGCUUCUUCAGUUGGCUAGCUAGCUACGUGAGAAGACGUUAGCCAGCCUGCAUAGCAACCGUUUUUGUUAGCCAUAGCAACCAAUGUUUUUGCAUGGAUGAAAUUUAAGUAUUUCGUGUUUUUGUUCGAUUUCUUAGCUGACGGGAGGAUGAAAUAGUAUACAUUUACUUAAAAUACCAUGCAGAACGCAUCACAAGCAUAUGCAAAUUAAUUGAAAGUGCAUCUUUUGUGAUUGAACAAUGAAAAUGCUGUGUUGUUCCUGUCCUCUUUUCACACUGGCUAUUUUGGCACGUGUUUGGGGCUAGCCCCGAAAAGUCGGUGCUAACCCUGCUCCUGAUCAGGGCCAGCUAGCCCAGGCUGCGCUAAGGUUGGUGCUAGCCCACUUUAAAAUGUGCAAGUGUGAACACUCGCUUAGUCCCGGGAUAACAUCUCCCUUAGACCAGGGCUAAGGAGGCUCUUAGCCCUGGGCUAAGGUGCAGUGUUAAAAGCACCUAAUAAUUGUUUUCUACUUGGUAUUAAUGCUUUUAGAGUUUUAUAUGCAGACGUUUUGCUAACGACAUUGAUCUGUUAUUUAAAAACGAUGAGCUGUUGAUUGUUUGGUUCCUUACACUUUCAGGGAUGCAUGACUUUAUGCAGCAUUUUUGUUGAAUGUUUAAAAUGUACUAUUAUAUGCUUAAUAACAUGGAUGUACUGGUUCAAUCAUAAUUAAUGACUUAGUUUGUUUCAUGUUAGUUAAUUAGUUUAAUACAAUUAUAUCCCAAUUAUUUUUCACAAUUUCUAACUCCUGAUGUAGUGUAAAAUAACCAAAUAAAAUGUCAGAUCCGACAAAGAUUUAGUAGUGGUUUCACAUGGGACCUGCAACAAUGUGUUGCAACUGGCUAAGUAUGUUUUUAUUUUUUUUAUUUUUCUGUAAGUACUGCACUUUACUUCACAUCUGUUUGACUAUUUUACUGGGGUUAAAUGUCUGUUUUGAUAAAACUAAAUUAGUAUACUGUAGUAAUUACAAAAAAAGAAAGUUGUAUUAAGUUUGAUCUAUAAUUUGGAUCAAUAAAAUGACAUGAAUUCCUAGGAAGAAAACCUAUUUGUCAACAUGUUAUGGAAUUCCAAACUGUGUUUAACUCUUUUUGAAUAGGAUUCUGGUAAUUAUUUGAAUGUUUUUGAUGUAUAUAAUUGUAUUGGAUUUAUUUGUAUAUAGUUGUAUUUAUUUGAUUGCAGUAAUAUAUUGAAUAAUAAUAAGAAAAGUCAAAGAUAAGAUGGGUGUUAAUAGUAAGAAUGUUACUAUAAUUAUUUAUUGAUUUAAUUUUCAAAGUUGUUCUAACUUGUAUGGAGCCUUUGCUCUCAGUAAAGCCCCUUGUUUUUGUGAUUACUUGAAGCACAUUUGACUAAAAUAUGUAUUCUGAAAUUA